AUGACAGUCGCUAGUAAGGAUGGUGCAUCAACUUCUGAUUUCCUGGAGGCAUUCCAGAAGUUAAAGGAAGGAGAGGAGACAGCAGAAAGAAUGGAAAGGAUGCUUGACCAACUAGAAGGAAACAUCGAAACUUUAUUAGCUGCUGCGAAGGAGUUAAAUGGUCAGGAUAACGAAUUACUUGAAAACCGCCAAAGCGAUUAUCGAGAUGAUAUUUAUUAUGAAAGUACUUAA